UGGAAUGGGAGCAGCCUGCUAUCACAACCAGAGCCUGAAAGCUUGUUUCUGUUCCCUACAAGCCGAGCUACACCCAUUAACAAGGGACUAGCGAGGCUUCGUUUGAAGUAUUGGAAAGCUCCUUUCCUCGCUGGAUCAUAGCAAACACACCUGACCUGAAGUCAGUUCAGCCAAAAAGGGAACACUAAGUUAAUUUAGUGCCACAAUGUUUAAUCUAAAGAAAAAGGAGAAGGAGAAGAAGGAGAAAAAGGAGAGGAUGUCUGCAGCAGAGCUGCGCAGUCUGGAGGAGAUGAGCAUGCGCCGUGGUUUCUUCAACCUGAAGAGGGAGUCGAAGCGGGAAUCCAGGAACAAGCUUGAGAUUUCCAACCCCAUUCCCAUCAAAGUGGCCAGCACCAGUGAUCUCCCCCUCACUGAUAUUGAAUUAGAUGGCUUGAGUAACCGAAGCAGCAUGAUCCUGGAUGACCAACUAAGCAUUGCCAGCUCCAAUGAUGAUCUGAAGGGUGAGGGUGGAGGAGGACAGGAUGGACAACGCAGCUCAGUGCGAGAUCGAGUUGCUCACUUUGGUUCACUUGCCAAGCAGAACUCUACACAGAUGAUGAAACGCUUCUCCUUUUCCCAGAGAAGCAAAGAGGAGAGCCCUUCAGAGGGAUCCACCCCUUCAGGCCAGAAUUCUGCUGCCCCAUCCCCACAGGUGGAGAGUAAAGUUUUCAGCAUGCUCCGCAAGCACAGCCUCAAGCAGCAGCCUGGAGCAGAAGCCCCCAAAAGAAUCUGCAUUCCCGAAGUGGUCGAUAAAACCUUCCCUGCACAACUCCAGCUGCCAGCUGUGGUUGCUCCAAGUCCACCUGAAACCCGUGAACUGGAACUCCAGCGCCGUAACACUGGUGACUUUGGAUUUUCUUUGCGUCGCACUACAAUGCUGGACCGCAGCCCUGAUGGAGGGGUGUACAGACGUGUGGUUCACUUUGCAGAGCCUGGUGCAGGCACUAAGGACCUGGCACUGGGCCUGGUGCCAGGCGAUAGGCUGGUGGAGAUAAAUGGACGAAAUGUGGAGAAUAAGAGUCGAGACGAGAUAGUGGAGAUGAUCCGUCAGUCAGGAGACACGGUGAGGCUGAAGGUGCAGCCAAUACUGGAGUUAAGUGAGCUGAGUCGCUUCUGGCUGAGGAACACCGAGGGGCUGCGCAGGGAGGCCAGACUGGGAUCAGUAGAAGAGGAUCUUAUUGCUCUCCAAGCAUCUCAUGCUGCAGCUAAGCAAUCCCAGGUGAAGACUGAGGAACAGAUUGCAGCAGAGCAGGCCUGGUAUGAAUCAGAUAAAGUAUGGCUUGUCCACAAGGAUGGCUUUUCCCUGGCCACCGUGAUAAAGACAGAAACUGGCUCUCUGCCAGAGGGCAAGGUAAGAAUCAAAAUGGAGCAUGACGGGACUGUACUGGAUGUGGAUGAAGACGACAUUGAAAAGGCCAACCCUCCAUCAUACGACAGAUCAGAAGACCUAGCUUCACUACUCUAUUUGAAUGAAUCCAGUGUAAUGCACUGCCUGAGGCAACGCUAUGGAGGGAACCUCAUCCAUACCUAUGCUGGACCCAACAUGGUGGUCAUCAACCCUCUCAGCAUGCCCUCCAUGUACUCGGAGAAGGUGAUGAACAUGUUUAAAGGCUGCCGGCGUGAGGAUUCAGCUCCUCACAUUUACUCUGUGGCCCAGUCGGCCUACCGCAACCUGCUCACCACCCGACAGGAUCAGUCCAUUGUGCUGCUGGGCAGGUCUGGUAGCGGCAAAACCACCAACUGUCAGCAUCUUGUCCAGUACCUGGUCUGCAUUGCUGGCAGCACAGGAAAAAUCUUCUCUGCUGAGAAGUGGCAGGCAGUCUACACCAUACUGGAGGCCUUUGGGAACAGCUCUACCACCAUAAACACAAAUGCCAGCCACUUCUCUCAUGUUGUUUCCUUGGACUUCGACCAAGCUGGGCAGGUGGCCUCUGCCUCCAUCCAGACAAUGUUGUUGGAGAAACUGAGGGUGAGCAGACGACCUGAGGGGGACUCCACCUUCAACGUUUUUUACUACAUGAUGGCUGGAGCCGACAGCAGUCUCAGGACGGAGCUGCACUUUAACCACCUGGCUGAGAACAGUGCUUUUGGGAUCCUGCCACAGACUAAGCCUGAAGACAAGCAGCGAUCCUUGCAGCAGUUCACCAAGCUGCAGGCAGCCAUGAAGGUGCUGGGCAUCUCCAGUGAAGAGCAGAAAGCCCUCUGGCUUAUCCUCGGUGCCAUUUACCACUUGGGGGCAGCGGGCGCGACUAAAGAUGGAGAUGAAGUGGGACGUCGGCAGUUUGCUCGUCAUGAAUGGGCUCAGAAAGCGGCCUACCUGUUGGGCUGCACCUUGGAGGAGCUAUCUUCAUCUAUUUUUAAGCAUCAGGCCAAAGGACUGCAGCAUUCUACCUCAUUCAGAGGACCACCAGAUGAGGCUAGCCAUGGUGAUGGCUUAGGCCCUAAAGUCACAGCUCUGGAGUGUUUGGAGGCCAUGGCAUCAGGACUUUACUCUGAGCUUUUCACACUUGUCAUCUCCCUUAUUAACAGGGCCCUGAAGUCUAGUCAGCACUCUCUGUGUUCUCUGCUGAUCGUUGACACUCCGGGUUUCCAGAACCCUCGGCUGGCUCAUCAGCAGAGGGGAGCCACUUUUGAAGAGCUCUGUCACAACUACACCCAGGAGAGGCUACAGACUCUGUUUCAUGAACGGACCUUUGUCAAGGAAUUGGAGAGAUACAAGGAGGAAAACAUAGAACUUGCUUUAGAUGACAUAGAGUCCAACACCUCACUGUCUGUAGCAGUUAUUGAUCAAGCCUCAACCCAAGCUCUGGUUCGUACUCUAGCCAGGACAGAUGAAGCUCGAGGCCUUCUGUGGCUCAUGGAGGAGGAAGCUGUUCAGCCAGGAGGUUCAGAGGAAACCAUGCUGGAGAGACUCUUCAGCUACUAUGGCUCUGCACAGGGAGAAAACAAAGGAGCUAAUCUACUUCUGCGAGGAGAGAAGCCCCACCUCUUCCUGCUGGGCCACAGCCAUGGGACCAAUUGGGUGGAGUAUAACACCCAAGGCUGGUUGAACCAUGCCAAGCACAACCCUGCUGCCCAGAAUGCUGCAACCCUGCUGCAGGACUCCCAGAAGAAGAACAUCAGCGCGCUGUUCAUGGGCCGGGCCAGUGGAGCCACCGUGUUGUCGGGCUCCAUCGCCGGUCUGGAGGGCAGCUCCCAGCUUGCCCUGCGGCGAGCCACUAGUAUGAGGAAAACCUUCACUACAGGUGUGGCUGCUGUCAAGAAGAAGAGUCUGUGUAUCCAAGUGAAACUCCAAGUGGAUGCUCUGAUUGACAUGGUGCGGCGUUCUAAGGUUCACUUCGUCCAUUGCCUACUGCCCAAAGUAGAGGCAGUAGGAGGAGGUGAUUACCGUAUGGCUCAUGGAGAGAGCCCUGACUCGGGUCUUAUGACUCUGGACGUGAGCCUCCUGAGAGCUCAGCUCCGAGGAUCCAAGCUGCUAGAUGCUCUGCGCAUCCACAGGCAAGGUUAUCCUGACCACAUGGUUUUCUCUGAGUUUCGAAGGCGCUUUGAUGUUCUGGCACCUCAUCUAACCAAGAAGUAUGGCCGCCACUACAUUGUCACAGAUGAGAAGAGGGCAGUGGAGGAGUUACUGGAGUCUUUGGAGCUGGAGAAGAGUAACUACCACAUGGGGCUAAGCAGGGUGUUCUUCAGAGCAGGGAUUCUGUCCAGACUGGAGGAGCAGCGAGAUUUCCAGACGAGGAGGAACAUUUCUCUCUUCCAGGCUGCUUGCAGGGGAUACUUAGCCAGACAGGCGUUCAAGAAGAGAAAGAUUCAGGAUCUGGCAAUCCGCUGCAUCCAGAAGAACAUAAAGAAGAAUCGUGGUGUCAAAGGCUGGCCAUGGUGGAAGCUGUUCACCACUGUCAGACCUCUGAUAGAGGUGCAGCUCACUGAGGAACAGAUCCGUGGCAAGGAUGAAGAGAUCCAGCAACUCAAGCAGAAGCUAGAGAAGGUAGAGAAAGAGAGGAAUGAGCUGAGACUCAACAGUGACCGUCUCGAGAGCCGGAUCACAGAGCUGUCAGCAGAGCUGGCUGAUGAGCGCAACACUGGGGAAUCUGCCUCCCAGUUGCUGGAGACAGAAACUUCUGAGAGACUGCGUCUGGAGAAGGACAUGAAGGACCUGCAGGCCAAAUUUGACAGCACGAAGAAAGAGAUGGAGUCUAUGGAGAUGGAGGUGAUGGAGGCUCGACUCAUCCGUGCUUCCGAACUCAGUGGAGAGGUGGAUGAUGAUGAGACAGGAGGAGAGUGGAAGCUGAAGUAUGAGCGAGCAAUCAGGGAGAUCGAGUUCACCAAGAAGAGACUGCAGCAGGAGCUUGAUGACAAACUGGAGGUGGAGCAGCAGAACAAGCGGCAGCUGGAGAGGAGGAUCAGUGACCUGGAGGCUGAUUAUGAGGAGUCUCAGCGAAAUAUCCAGCAGCUGAAGAAGAAAGCCCAGCGGCUGACAGCUGAGCUGCAGGACACUAAACUUCACCUGGAGGGUCAGCAGAGUCGCAACCAUGAUUUGGAGAAGAAGCAGAGGAAGUUUGACAGUGAGCUGAGUGCAGCCCAGGAUGAGGUGCAGAGGGAGAGAAGCCUGAGGGAGAAACUGGCUCGAGAGAAAGACGUGCUGACCGGAGAGGUCUUCGGCCUCCGGCAGCAGCUGGAGGACAAAGACCUGGAAGCUUGUGCAGUCAACCUGAAGCUGGAGCAGCUGGAGGCCGAGCUGCAGGAUCUCAACUCCCAAGAAUCAAAGGAUGAGGCAUCACUGGCCAAGGUGAAGAAGCAGCUUCGUGAUCUAGAGGCAAAGGUGAAAGACCAAGAAGAAGAGCUUGAUGAGCAGGCUGGUACCAUCCAGAUGUUGGAGCAGGGUAAGCUACGUCUUGAGAUGGAGAUGGAGCGCUUGCGUCAAACCCAUUCCAAGGAGAUUGAGAGCAAAGAUGAGGAAGUGGAGGAGAUCAGGCAGUCAUGUAGCAAAAAGCUAAAACAAAUGGAAGUCCAGCUUGAAGAGGAGUAUGAUGAGAAGCAGAAGGUGCUGAAAGAGAAGAGAGAGCUGGAGUCGAACUUUCUGUCUGUACAGGACCAGGUGAGAGGUGGUGACAUAGAGGUUGAAAAGCGCUUGAGGAAGGACUUGAAGAGAACCAAGGCUUUGCUAGCAGAUGCCCAGAUCAUGUUGGACCACAUAAAGAAUAACGCACCCAGCAAGAGGGAGAUCGCCCAACUCAAGAAUCAGUUAGAGGAGUCGGAGUUCACCUGUGCAGCUGCAGUUAAAGCUAAAAAGUCCAUGGAGGUGGAGAUUGAAGACCUACAUGUUCAGAUGGAGGACAUUUCCAAAACGAAACAGGCGCUGGAGGAGCAGCUGAGUCGUCUGCAGAGAGAGAAGAAUGACCUGCAGUCAAGAAUGGAGGAGGACCAAGAGGACUUCAAUGAGCUGAUGAAGAAACACAAGGCUGCUGUGGCCCAGUCAGCUCAGAACCUGGCUCAGAUCAGUGACCUUCAAACCCAGCUUGAGGACGCCCUAAAGGAGAAGCAGGAAAUUCAAGAGAAGAUGCAAGCCCUCCAGAGCCAGAUCGAGUUCCAGGAGCAGUCCAUGGUGGAGAAAUCCCUUGUCAGCCGGCAGGAAGCCAAGUGUCGUGAGCUUGAGACCAAGCUGGAGUUUGAGAAGACCCAAGUCAAACGCCUAGAGAGCCAUUUAGCUCGGCUUAAGGAGAACUUGGAGAAGCUGACGGAGGAACGAGAUCAGCGCAGCAGCAGUGAGAUUCGAGAGAAGGAACAAAACAAACGUCUCCAGAGACAGAUCCGUGACAUCAAAGAAGAAAUGGCUGAGCUGGCCAAAAAAGAAGCAGAGGCCAGCCGCAAGAAGCAUGAGCUGGAAAUGGACAUUGAGAGCUUGGAGGCUGCAAAUCAGAGCCUGCAGGCAGACCUUAAGUUGGCUUUCAAAAGGAUUGGUGACCUCCAGGCAGCCAUUGAGGAUGAGAUGGAGAGUGAUGACAACGAAGACCUUAUUAACAGUUUGCAGGACAUGGUAACAAAGUAUCAGAAACGAAAGAACAGAAUUCAAGGGGAUUCAAACACAGAUUCUGAGGUGGAGGAUCAUGUGGAAGGGGUGAAGUCAUGGCUGUCCAAGAACAAAGGUUCCACCAAAAAUCUCUCUGAUGACGGCAGUCUCAAAAGCUUCAGAAGUGCUGUAAAUGUAGAAGCAAAGGAAGGAAAGGAAUUGAAAGAGGGUAAGGAAUGGAAAGAGGUGAAUAAAGAAGGCAGAGAGGUAGAAACAAGCAGGCCAGUUUCAGUGAUGAGCUCCCUAAGCUACAGAAAACGAUCCAACCUCAGUAGCAAAGGAGAUGCCCUCUUCAGUCAGAAUGCUGAGUCAGAGGAUACGCUAUCCUUUCGUAAACCGAAACCCCAAGCUUCUGAUUUUCAGAAUGAUGCAUACUUAGCCAGCUCAAGGAGAAAGUCUCAGGUAUUGGAUGGCGUGAAUGACAGACAGUCAGUCAUCUCCCAAGCCUAUUCAGAAGCCAACAGCCAGGCUAGAAAAGGCUUGGACAGCCGCUGGAGCAACUUUAACGAAGAAUCAACCAUUUCAUUUACUGCACCAAGUCGGGCCUCCACAUUUCUUGGGUUAAACCCAGAGAAUGAUGCCAAGUCUAACGUCAGCUUAGGUCUGUCAAGCCCACUUGGACGCCAUCAAAGCACCUCAAGAUUAGACAAGGGUAGAGGGAGCCGUUCACAGUAUAGCAGUGGUCCCAGUAGCCCUUGCUAUAGCAGACGUUUUGGAGGUUGUAGUCCCGGAAGUGUUAGUCGGCCAGACUCAGUGGCUUACAGCUGCCGUCUUAGUGAGUUUGAUGUUGAUAUUGAUGAUAGUAGAAGUGUGGCCUUCACUGAGAGGUCAGCAUACAGUCCACACUCUUCAACUGGACGCAGCAUCUCCAUGCCACCACCACAAGUCAGAUCAAAUUUUGAAAACGACGCAGUUGAUAACUUGGAUGUCAAAACAGUCAGCCAUCGCAACUACCUUGACCCUGACCUGGAGAAAGCCAUCAAUGAAGUCCUGAGUUUUAAACCUAUCAAAUUCAAGCGCAGGACUUUGGAAGACUCUGACUGUGAAGAAGAAAAGUUCAACAAUAAUGAAGCUGACAGAAAAGAUACUCACCCUGUCAACAGCCUCAGACGCUCCGCAUCUGCCGCGGACUGCAUGAGACCAGCCAGUAGCCGCAGUAGCCGCCAUGGCCACAGUAGUAAAGGAAAGAGCAAGAAAAAGAAGAGAAGCCACAGCUCUGACUCUGACAGCUCAGAAGAUGGCCAUCGUCACAGAAGCAGCUCCAAGAGGAGAUCCAAAAAAUCUCAGAAAAAAUCCAAAAGGAAGGAUGAGUCUUUGUCUUCUUCCUCAUCUUCCUCAUCUUCAGAAUCAGAAUCCAGCUCUGAUGCCUCCACUAUUUCCUACCGAAGUUCCAGCAGUGUGAAAAGGGCACCAGCUCGAAAGGCUUCAAGUCCAGAAGUGGAUGAAGAAGCUGGGUCUCAGAGCAAGACUCAGCCCCUUAAUAAAAAGGAUGAGAAGAAGAGAAAGAAGAAGGUCGACAGCCUGAUGAUGAAGUAUUUAUACCGGCCGGAGAGUGACUGAUGCAAGCACCCGCCUAGCCAAAGACGCUACCUUUUCGAUAGAUCUGAUGAAGAGGAAGAAGAAGAAGAAAAA